UCCAGGGGUUGUGCAACAGGCAGGAACAACAACAACUCCGCCUGCCUCGCUCCCUCUCUCAAGCAGGCACCGAGGAGGAGCAGCAGCAAUAAACAAAGCCACGUGUCCCUCCCGGGCAGCGGGAGGCGGAGCCGCCGCGGCUCUUCCGGCAACAAAGAGCCACCCGCGGCAGCCCUGCAGAUAAAUACAGGGGCGGCCAGUGUGCGGGCAGAGGAAGCGACCAGCAGCAGCAGCAGCGGGGGGAGAGGGCAAAGGCGAGGAAAGCUAGAGCAGUCGGCCUUCAAUCCCGCGCACCGACAAGGGACCUUCCCCGCGACCGAUCCCGGCUCAGGCGCUUUGGAGCAAGCGAGGUCGCCUGUGCGCUCUUCUUGGUGCGUUCUUGGCUGGCGGCGAUGCCUUUUCUAGGGCAGGACUGGCGGUCCCCAGGGCAGAACUGGGUGAAGACGGCGGAUGGGUGGACGCGGUUUCUGGAGGAGAAUGGGAGCGCCUAUGUCAGCGAUCGGAACAGUUACUGCAGAAAAGAGGACUACAAUAAGGAGAACAUUUUCAACAGCCUGAAUUGUGAUGUUGCUACAAAGAAGAGAAAGAAGGACCAGAUGAAUAACAAGACAAAGAUUCAGUAUUUUCAUCAAGAAAAGUGGAUUUAUGUGCACAAAGGAAGCACAAAAGAACGUCAUGGCUACUGUACCCUUGGAGAAGCUUUCAACAGACUUGACUUCUCCAAUGCUAUUCUGGACUCCCGGAGGUUCAACUAUGUUGUUCGGCUGUUGGAGCUGAUAGCAAAGUCCCAGCUCACGUCACUGAGUGGAAUUGCCCAGAAAAACUUCAUGAACAUCUUGGAAAAAGUAGUGCAGAAAGUACUGGAGGAUCAGCAGAACAUCAGGCUAAUAAAGGAAUUGCUCCAGACACUCUAUACAUCCCUGUGCACUCUGGUUCAAAGUGUGGGCAAGUCUGUCCUGGUUGGAAACAUCAACAUGUGGGUCCACAGAAUGGAGACGAUUCUUCACUGGCAGCAGCAGCUGAACAAUAUCCAAAUCACCCGGCCUGCCUUUAAAGGGCUGACGUUCACAGACCUGCCCUUGUGUCUACAAUUGAACAUAAUGCAACGGCUAACAGAUGGGAGAGACCUUGUGAGUCUCGGGCAAGUGGCACCAGGCCUUCAGGUGCUCAGUGAGGACCGGCUGCUGUGGAAAAAACUUUGCCACUACCACUUCACAGACAGACAGAUUCGCAAACGGCUAAUCUUGUCAGAUAAAGGGCACUUGGAUUGGAAGAAGAUGUACUUCAAGCUUGUGAAAUGCUACCCAAGGAAGGAGCAGUAUGGGGAUACUUUGCAGCUCUGCAGACACUGCCAUAUUCUGUCCUGGAAGGGCACCUAUCACCCAUGUACAGCUAACAACCCGGAGAGCUGCUCCUCUUCUCUUUCACCCCAGGAGUUCAUCAACUUGUUCAGAUUUUGAACUCUCAGCAUAAUUUCACUGUAUCUUCCGAUAUUCUAUUGGGACGCUUUAUGCUACUGAGCAGACUUGCUCAAUCUGUAUAUAAAAUGUAAAUAGGACUGCAAGGAGUUCCUGGGUCAAGAGGACACAAGAAUUUUAGGAGGCAAAGAGUCUUUAUUCAGUGACAUUGAACUCUUUUGGAAUAUGACAUUCUAAUUGGACUGACUGUGUAAAGGUAGUACUCUGUAAAUACUGCGCUUCGUAAAAAUGGGAGUACAGGGGAGAAUCCUGGUUCUGCUUAAAAAAUCCAAAUGGAAUUUGGUCUUCGUCCAUUUGAAACAUAUCUUUGGUUUCAAAGCAUGGAGAAUUAAACCACAUGAUUAGGCUAAAGCUUUGGAACUACUUCCCAGUCUGGGAUUCGUUUACAGUACAUAUUUAUACUUAUGAGGAUAUAUCCCUUUAUCCUAGACUCCAUGCAAAAUGUUCACGCCACACCAUCUUCUACCUCUGAAAAAGCUUUCCAACCAAUGCAAUGUGAAGUGUUUGUACUUUAUAUACAGAGAUUUAAAGGGAAAAAGUUGUUGGUGACAGUAUAAAAGUGUUCCUUUUCUUUAAUGCUUGAUUUCUAGUUUAGUCUGCUUGUUUUUUGUGGUAUUUGAAUUCCCAGAUUCUGGGAAAUCCAGGGAUCUAGCAGAAUUCUUCGCUAGCCUUUUGAGGGGCUGGUAAAACAUCAAAUGCAAAGACAGAGUUAACGAUGGAGACAGGUUGCUAUGCCACAUCAAUCCGUGUGAAAUGCCAUUUCCCUAUUGGCUGACAUCCAGAGCAGCAGAAUAAGGACCUAGCAGAGCUGUCUGCCUAUGCAGAGAGGCUGCUCUAAUCUCGGCCAGAGUCUUCCUUAGCUGCAGAGUGUGGGGAGUCAGGGAAGCAAUUUUCAGCUAUCACCCCACAAGUGCUCUCUGACUUCCACAAAUACAUCCCUGGGGGCUGUUCUUCCUGCUGUUGCAGACUGCUGCUCUGUCUAGCUCAGGGCUGCACAACCCAAAUGCCCUGGUAGGCUGGAACCAACCAGGACAUGGUAUUCGAGGGCAGAAGUCGACUUUCAGCAUAUUAAUACACUGAAAUUAUUACAUAUAUUAAUGAAAGCAGUUAUUAGUUACUGGUGGAUCUCCUCCCUUUGUCAAGGGGCCUACCAUUUUAACUCGAGAUUGUGGCCAGAAAAUAGGCCCUGGUCCUGUUCAGUCACUGUAACGGACCCAAAGGGUGACAGGCUGCCUUUCUAGGGUGCUGUUGCUGCAGGAUAUUCCUACCUGCGGGCCAGCAAAAAUGUCUCCCCAGGCCAGAUCUGCCCCUGGGCCUUAGGUUGUGCAGGCCUGGUCUAGCUCAGUAUGGUCUGUACUGACUGGCAACAACUCUCCAGGAUUUCAGGCUGUGGUCCUUCCCAGCCCACAAGUUGGUGCAAAGGACCCGGACCUCUUGCUUGCAAAGCAUGUGGUCCAAGACUGAGCUGUGCCUCCUCCUUGACAUGAGGGCCAUGUGCACGUGCUGCCGCGGAGUAGAUUGUGAAGGGAUGAGUAAGGUUGAAAUAUGGGCAAUGGGGUGGUUUGGAAAGUAGGCAGAAGUGACAAUGUUCCGGAAGUCUUUUUGUGACUAAUGUUGGUUUCAGUACUGUGCAAUUCAUGUGCGCUCUGGGUUCAACCAGACACGAAUGCCAUAGAAAUCCAUAGAGUAAUGUUGAACACUACAGUUACUUACUGCAAGGGAGGACAGGCUUUGAGCUUCCAGGAGCUGCUACUUUGUUUUGCCAGAGCCUCUGGAGCAGGGGUUCUCAACCUUGGAUUCCCCAGAUGUUGCUGGACUUCAACUCCCAUAAUCCCCAACCAAAGACCACUGGGGCUGGGGAUUAUGGGAGAUGAAGUCCAACAACAUCUAGGGACCCAAGAUUGAGAAUCCCUGCUCAGGAGCUAGCAGCAUGAAAAAGCUGCCUGGGGAGGUGGAAUUGGUCGUAAAAGGCAGCCGCUUGUGUAAGAAUCCAUAUUAACCGAAUCAGAGAUUAUAAUAUCAAAACCCCUGAGUUCCAGGAGAACUUGAUUGCAGGACAGAAAGGGAGCAAGAGAAGCUGUUUUGUGGGAGAGGGAAUUAAAAAGCCAACCUGAGAGCCCAGAGAGAUGGAGGAGAGAAUGAGACAGCCAUGCCCCCAAACUCAAAUUUGCCGCUUUGAUGGGAAAAGAUGGGGAAGCCCAAAUGCCUAGAGAGCUAUUUCGGAGAAACCCAGGGAGUUACCAGUAGUCUCUAGGAAGCUGCUUUAUGCAGAGUCUGCUCCUGCUCAGUAUUGGCUAUGCUGGCUGGCAGCAGCUUCUUGAAGGUUUUCCAGCCCUACCUGGAGAUGCUGCCAGGGACUGGAUUUGGGACCUGCUACAUACAAAGUGGAUGCUCUGCCACUGAGCAGCCUAGUGCCCACCCCCGGGUUACUACAUGCUUUUUCAUCUAUUCUUGAAAAGUGUGUGGAGAGAAAGGAAGGAGGCCUUAUGUUUUGUUUCUGAGAACAGCAGAGUGGAAUGUCUGAGCAUAUCUGCACUACAGAUUGGAGUCAUCCUCUUUCUAAGGAACCCUAGGAACUGUCCCUCUGUGAGGCUCAGGAUGAACGGAAAAUCCUCUGUUCCCUCCCCAAACUACGAUUCCAAGUACUCCUUGAAGGAAACUGUCUCAUUACACCAUUAUCUGUAGUGUUGAUAGAUAGGAAACACUGUAGAAAGAAGCCGAUCUUGAGGAAGAGUAAAGGGGGGAGGGCCCUGGAUGUAACGGGGCUUUUGGUGAUAAAGGAGUGUUUGGGAUAUGUGCAUGAGAGAGAGAGAGAGAGCGGGGGAGACUGUGUUUAUGUGUGCUAAGAUGUUUUCAUUCUCUCUAUUAAGCAAAGUUAAAAGAAACUGGUUUGUAACAGCAGUUACACACUUUAACUCUUGAAGCUCAUUCAACAUUUCCUGUAUUUAACCCAGCCCAUGGCAAGCAAAUCCCUAAUGAAUACCACUGGUCUAUAUUAUAGUGUGGCUUUUUAUUUGAUUUUAUAAAAUGUGUGACUUUUUUAUACUGUAGAAACACUUAUUGUUCCAAUGAUGGAAAGAGAAGUUUCCACCAUGUGUAUAGAAAGCUUAUGAAUGUCUUUAAGUUUUUGAAUCUGGGUCUCCUUCAUCAAGAGCCCAGUUCAAAGUGUGUGUCUACCACAAUACAAACCCAGACAACUAUUUUAAUAUUUAUAAUUAAUAUUAUAAAUAUUAAUAUAAUAAUACAUUCUAUUGCACAGCCUACCACAGGGGUUUCCAAUGCUGAGUCUCCAGAUGUUGUUGCACUACAACUCCAAUCACCUCCAGCUACAAUGGCUUUUGUGGUUAUGGCUGGGGAUGAUGGGAGUCGUUGGACUCUAUCUGGAGACCCAACAUUGGGAACCCCUGAUUUCAUUGCACAUCUUCAUCUGAUGUAUGGUACAAUCUUUCUUCCAUUUGGCAGGAUGGCUCAGAUGCAUUCUCACGAUAAUCUGGGCUAGUGGGAAAGGGGGAAUUUUAGAUCCAAGUGGUGUGCACACUCCCAAUUUUGUAUCCUUGUGAGAUCCCAGAAACCAAGGGCUUGCAAUCACAUCCAGCUACAUCAACCCCAGAUCAGUAACCUAGGGCUUUUUCUGGGGUGGCUGCUCUGUGGUCAAUAUGGGUCGGGUGUGAUUGCAAGCCCUGCAUUUCCAGAUUCUCGCAACACACAAUCAGUAGUGAUCUACUUGGGUAUAGGUUUCCUGCUAGCCUGGAUCAUCAUGAGAGCAUGAUGAACAGAAAAACAAGCUAGCCCAUUCAGAAAGAGCUCACCCUGGGUAGCUGGGCCGUCUGUUGGUCUGUCUGAAAUAGUGUUGGAUGCUGAAAUAAGAGUACUGUACUUGAUUAAAUCCUGUGUUUCUGUUUUUGCACAACUCUGAUUACUUUUGUGCAAUGAACUCCCUCCAUGAGGGAGGGGUAUCCAGAUAACUAUCUUUCCUAUUUACCAAAUUCUUGACCACAGAUAGCCUCUGUUGUCAGAGAUCAGGAACCUUCCAAAUGCAAUAACAUAUCUAAUAACUCUGACAGGAUAUUCCUGAGUUUGACAUCAUCCAUUCACUACAUGGUGUGCAAGAGAGACUUCUCAGGAACCUCUUUCAUAGCGUAUCAUAACAGUCCAACAUUUUGCCAAAAUAAGUAUUUAAUUUAAAAUGACUCCCCUUGCUAUCUGACUUAUUGGCAAAAACAAUACUUUGCUGUAACUGUGAUGACUUUAAAAAUCAUGUUCUUUUGGCAGAUGAGAUGGCCUCUCUGAGAUUUUUAGCUCAACUUCUGGAGUUCUGCCUGCAAUACACAGUGCAAAGUACUGACAAUCUGUUAAGCCUUUUUUACAUGUAAUUUCAGCUGAAAAGCCCCACUCUAACCUAAAGUGACAAGAACUCAUUUGACUCAUGGACUCUGUAGUGUCUGGAAAAUGAGCCCUUUGCACUGUGAUUUUAUUUCCAACAAGCUUUGCAAUAUCAACCUAUUACUUGAUUCCCCCACCCCACCCCCCACUUCAACAACUACACACUCUAAGGAUGAUCAGUAAUUCACGGAAUACCAUUGCUUGAUGAUACAAAAUAAUGUGAUAUGAGGAAAGUCUAUUGGUGUAAUUCUUCCUUGAUUAUGGCAACAACCCAAAGGCUUUGCAUGUGGAAGGACUAGCAAGCAGAAAGGGAGCUAAACCGCACCAUUUCCCAAAAUUCUCUACUCUGACCCACCAAUGGAAUACUGACCCUGAACCAGAUGUGUGUUAACUCCCCUAUCUAACUUGCAAGCUUUGUAAUUUUUUGUCUAUACCAGGGUCUCAAACCACAGCCUUCAGAGAUGUUGGCUCACAACUCCCAUCAUCCCUGUCUACUGGCCAUUAUGACUAGGGAUAAUGGGAGUUGUAGUCCUAGCAGCUGGAAAACCACUGCUCUCUGCCUUUGUCCAUUUUUACCACUACUUGUCUCCUGAGUUUAGAUGGCUGACACUGAUUGCAACCAUCUGUAAAGCAGGGAAAAUAAAAAGCUCUCUGUAACUUGCCUUAUAGGAGUGAGAAUCAUUCCAUUUGAAAUUGUGAGGUAUGCAUUGUGCAGGAACUGUGGUGGAAGGGAGAGGCAUCCCAAAGCUAAUGCUGCUCUUUUCUCACGACAAACUUGUCACACUUUGCAUAAUGCCAAUAGCUCCAGAAUGAUUUUUUUUUAAUCACAAAUUUCCUUAAAGAACAUCAUUAACACUAAUUAUAUAUAUAUGUGUGUGUAUAAAGAGGAAGCUUAUUUGUUGAGAAGUUUUUUAAAGGUGCCUGCUCAGUGGAAUGAGAUGAAAAAGGAUACCUUGUGUUUUAAAACUUCUUGCGUUUUUAAUAUUGUGUGGAUAUUAUUGUGUGAUUGAAAAUUCUUCCCAUAUACAUCUUGCACAUUCUUUCUUGCAUGUUCAACCAUUUUGUCUUUUACAGCUGUUUGGUACAAGCAGUGAUGUGACUCCUUUUUUGUAAACUGUUUUUGACACAAUUACAAAUAAAAUGUUCAGAUAUUAUGAA